AUGCUGCGAACUGUGCUGUCUCGGGUAUCUACCCAGAUUCGAGCAUACUCGACUCCUGCGGCUAUUAGGGAUGUUAAACCGAAGCACACUAAGCUCUUCAUAAACAACGAAUGGGUUGAUGCGGUGAGCAAGAAAACAUUCGAAACGGUCAACCCUACCAACGGCAAGGUGAUAACGGCUCUUGCUGAAGCUGAUAGAGCAGAUGUCGAGAAAGCCGUGAAG